AUGGCCCUACAAUCGAGUGGUUACGAAAAUCUUCCUUUUCAACUAAGAGAUGUUUACAACAAAGAUGCCACUUUAAGAAAACUAGACAACCUACCAAGUGACUCAGAGGGUGUGCUGGCUUUCUUGGACGGUCUAUCAACAAAGGAUCCCGAUAUAUAUGUCGAGUACAAGUUAGAUGACCAAAAUCGCUUGGAAAAUCUUGUCGGGGCUGACGGAGUGAGUAGAAGGGACUACAUGCUAUUUGGUGAGGCCAUUGCAUUCGAUUCAACGUACAGGACCAACAAGUAUAAUAAACCAUUGAAAAUCGUUGUUGGCGUCAAUCAACACUUUGAGACUUGUGUGUUUGGGUGCGCAUUGAUAGUGGAUGAGACAAAGGACACAUAUUGUUGGUUCUUAAGGGUUUUCCUUGAUUGCAUGGGAAACAAAAUGUUGAAAGUAAUGCUCACUGACAAUGAUGAAAGAAUUGAAUUUGUUGUCAACAAACUUUUAAGUGAUUCUACUCAUCGACUAUGUGCAUGGCAUUUGGGAAAUAAUGCAACGAAGAACAUUAAGAUUCUUGAGUUCAACCAAGGCUUCUAUGACUUAAUAUACACCUACUACACAGAGGAAGAAUUUGAAGAAAAAUGGUCUGAGUUAUUGGCAAGGUUUGGCCUUCGAGAGAAUUCAUGGUGUCGUACUAAAUACAACACACGAGAACAAUGGUCAGAGACGUACUUAAGAUGGGUGUUCUAUGGAGGCAUGCUGACAACUCAAAGGUGUGAAUCAAUGAACAAUCAAGUGAAGAGAUUUCUAAAAGCUAAUUAUUCAUUGUGA